GUUCUGACAGUAACUCUAUGGCCACAAGGAGCUCAGCUGCAUCAAGGGAUUUCUCUGAGGCUUUGGUCUUGCACACAUUGGCCUGUCUGCUCGCUCCGAUUGUCGCUUCAGUUCCAGUUCAACGUUAACAAUCUAGAUAAAGUGUCUGCUUGUCAUUGUGACGUGACCAAGCACCAUGAGCAAACAAUUACAACGCUUCUAUAAGAAUCAGGAAAAAGAGUUCAGAAAUGUCAGAGACAGCAUAAAGGAGCAACUGGGCAAUUAUAAGAGGCACAACCUAGACAAGUUGGUGAAGGAGCUUGGUAAAGAAAUAUGUAGUGACAAUGAAAAGAAUGAUGACGAGACAUCAAACGAAUCCCUGAAGAGCAGUCAACCAACGGACUCUGACGAAACAUCUAUUUCAACAGAAGUGAUAGCCCAAACUGAAAAUGAAGAUUUGGAAGCCAAAUUCAAAAUAAUGCUUCAGAAUAGACUGUGUCAUGGAGAGGUCCCUUUUUAUGUGCGAACAUUGGCCAUCUGUGGCUACAGGAACGCCGGGAAAUCCUCUCUGCUCCGACGUUUAGUGAACGAACCAUUUCAGGAGAAUGAGUCCAUAACAGAUGGAAUAAAAAUUGGACAGAUUGACAUUAAAAAGUGGAAGAGAAAGAUAGACGAUCCAAGUGAUGAUCUGACAUCCAUGAUUAUGUCCUCAGUUAUAAAUUGCGGAAAGGGGACUCCUGAAGGAAUACUUUCAGAACAAAGUGACAGCUCAAUAGAAGAACAGGAGAACAAAGGAGGUGCUGUGAACGAGUCUCUCACCAAUGCUGUCCUGCUGAAAGUGAAAGAAAUGGACAGAGAUUCUCAAAAACCUGAAGAGGUUUCGAUCUUUCGAUACUACGACUUUGGAGGCCAUGUGGAAUAUCAGCAGAUGCACUUGUCCUUUUUACCCAACCAUGCCGUCUACUUGCUGGUUGUUAACCUGAAUUUACGGUUAAAUGACACCUUGCCAAUAAAGGAAAGACUUCACAGAGGACAAAAAGUAAUGGACACCUGUGGAUUCACUGUGAAGGAAUACCUUGACUACUGGAUCACAUUCAUUUGCAAUCUCUGUAAAGAUACCACGCCAAUGCACCGUGUGGUUCUGGUUGGGACUUUUUCAAAUGACUGUAGAAAUGCUGAGGAAGCUUUGAGCACGGUUUAUGACUAUAUUCAGGAGCAUUUCCCGCCUGACGUACUUCAUGCUCAGAGAUUUGCAGUUGACAACUCUGUUGAACAGGACCAGGAGAACGGAUACGCACAGCUCCGCUCAGCUAUUGAUGGACUAGCUGGGCAGGUUGCAUUUGAAGAUAAGAUUGCAGUGUCUCAUGCCAGUCUGUAUUAUCAUAUUCUAAACUGUAGUGAAAAAUAUUUCCUGUGCUCCAAUAUGUACUCAUCCUGGUAUGAGAUAAUGGGGAGCCCCCACGGAGUAGAGGUGAGCAGCGUUGACAAGAAGCAGGUGGUGAAAGCUGCACUUGACAUUUUAAAUUGCAUGAAAUUUGCUUACUACUCCGACCCUGUUCUGAUCUUGGAUCCCCAAUGGCUCACAGAUCUCAUGGCUUCUUUGAUCCCCAUCAACUGCACGCUGCCUCCUCAGAUACAAAAGGCCACAUUUUCUAUCCAGCGGGAAUGGAUGAAACUCGUCAACACUGGAAAAUUUUCAGAAGAUUUGCUGCAGUAUCUUUGGUCAGAAGAAACGCUCAGAUUCAGGGACGAGCUGCUUGAGAUCCUGAAAGAGCUGAAAUUAAUCGUGCAUGUCAGUCCACAGUCAAAACGCUACUAUCUUUGGCUCAAGCGUAAACACAGGGAGAUGGUCCUGUGCUUUAAUGAAAACCAAACUUGGAGCGUUUUCCGAAAGGACAUUUUCAAUGAACUCAUACCCAGCUUUCAGGAGGAGUGGCCCUACAUUGAAUCCUUGGAGGAUAAUGCUGUCCAGCUGGCAAAGGUACAGAAUGCCGACUACAAGAUAAAGUUGGAGCUCAAGCCCGAUAGAGUGCUCCUGGUAAAUCAGAAUGAGUUUGAAAGUGACGAUUUUAUAUGCAAAACUGGUUCCAUUGUUGAGGAAAUGCGAAGAAAGUACCCCACACUCUGCUUGUUUGUGGACGGGAGACUAUACAAAGCGUUUGAGCUCUUCCUUCAGGUCAGACAGAGUGUAAGAGAGAGAACAGAGGCAGUGACUGCAGUGAAGAUCUUCGUAGAUGAUCAGCCGGAAAAGCAGAAAGAUAUUUUCUUCAGAGACCAGUCCAUUAACGUCAGGUUUGACAUAACAGCAGAGGAAAUGGUGCUGAAGAUUGAAGAAAGAAUGCUGAUAAAAGCUUUGGGAGAAGUGAACCGAUUCCAUGGGCCUAAAACAGAGGAAGUGUGCAAAGAAAAACUCCAACUUCUACCUGCGGUUCAUUUUCUUCCCAAAGGAAAAGAGCUUGUAAGAAACCUGUGUGAGCUGUUGAGGGAAUUGCACAAGAAAUCUGUCACAUUGAACUUGGAGAGCAGGAAAAGUGCCAUCAGUAACAUGCAAAAUACACUUCACUGUUGUGUUAUCCAGUGCAUGUUAGACACAGCAAUCCCAGGGGAACCCGUGGACUACAGCGAAUCUCAAACUCUAGAUGUUUUUGAAACGGUUGCAAAAGCUCACCCUGAAAUUCCAGAGAGUGCUAUCAGAGAUAUCCUCCAGGUUCAGGACUUCCCUGUCGAAGAAGAAUUCUACAUACCCGAGGAUUUCAAGGAGAAACUCACUAUAAGCAUACACCGUUUGUUUUGGAUUGUAAAGCUGGUCUUUGUUAAACUUACAGGGAAAAGCUUGAAAGAGAAAUACCUGGAGGAAACGAUUAGUAAUCUGUACUUUAAAGACUACGCGUGGUUCAUGAAAAAUGAACAGGAACUUGGUGAACUGAGGGACGAACUAGAUACAUUCAAGAAAAAAAGAUACAAGCAACAGAAAAAAAACUACGGAGAAUGGAUUCAAAGCAACUACAGCAAUUUUGUCCAGAAAAUGGGAGAAGGUGUUCGCAAAACUAUAGUGGAUAAGCUUUUUCAGAACUGUCUGAAUGAUGAAGAAGUAAGCAUCAUGUCAUCUAAAAACACCUUGCAAGACAGGAAUCGAGAACUGCUGGAGAUACUAAAGGGCAAAGGAGAUAUAAGCUGCAAAGCGUUCCUUAGCUUUUUCUGUAGUGCGGACCCUUGCAGCGAAAUGACUACAAAGAUACAAACUGAAUUAAAUCUCUGAUAUGCUGCUGAGCUCAAACAUGUGGUUUCUGGAAUCCAGGUGUGAUAUGAAGAAAAACUCCAAUUGAGGUUUUUGGAUUAAAUGGCUCGAUUCAGUGCUGGAGCAUUCUGUCUUGGAACUUGCUGGCAACUCAGUGAAAUUAACUAGUCAUAAUUCAGGGAAGACUUGGCAGAGAAUUUUGAACUUCUAGCGCCAUGUAACUGUUCAGGAAAUAUUUUGUGGGAAUAAACCGUGGAGAACUUAAAAAUGUGCAGCGAUACAUAUCUUAAUAUCCAUGCAUGAGGUGGAUAUUGACCCGGUUUAAUUAGACCAUCAGAUAUUGUACCCAUUAACAUCAGGCUUUGCAAAUUCUCCAAUAUAAAGUUCUCUUUAAAUGCAAUGUAACUGUUUAAUAGGUAUCUAUGAACUAUUCUGAUUGGAACCAUUGUAUUAAUAUUGCUUAAUGUUCUGUAUAUUAAAUUCAAUGAAUGUGAUAUUGUUCGCUCUGUAACAUUUAUUUUUAACACACAAUAAAAGUUAAAACAUA